UGUCAAUAGCGAUAACACGGCUAAACUGGCUAAAGCUAUUGUCUCCGUUUUAAAAUUAUGAGUACGUGGGAAUGUAUAUGUAAACGUUAAUUUGAAUUUCUCGAUAUGGCUUUGUCUGAAUUUAAGGAACUUAUUAGCGGCUUAGCCGUCGUUACAACAGUAUUGAAUUUUUUGUCAGGAAUGUUAGUGUGCAAGCAAUAUGUGGUUAAUAGGUCUACAGCUGAAGCGUCACCACUGCCUUUUCUUACCGGUGUUCUAGCAUCAGCCUUAUGGCUCAUGUAUGGGAUUACCAAGGAUGAUAGUAAGAUAAUACUAGUAAAUAUAAUAGGAAUAACACUCAUGACAUUGUAUUCCCUUGUGUUCUAUAUGUAUACCUACAAGAAGUCCACUACAUUCAAGCAGAUGGUCUUUACAAUGGGCCUGGUGGUUUCGUCUGUAGGAUAUUUACGAUUUGAGGAGGAUAAAGAAACUCUUCUCGGCCGACUGGGAACAGUUGCAUGCCUCGUCACACUGCUGGCGAUAGCAGCUCCAAUGAGCAAGCUGUUCUAUGUGCUAAAAGUGAAGAGCACAGAAUGUCUCCCGUUCCCUAUGAUCCUCAUGUCAUUCUUCGUGUCAAGUCUCUGGUUCCUUUAUGGUGUUAUAGAGGAAGAUAAUUAUUUAAUUCUUCCAAAUAUAGUCGGCGCGGGCCUUUCGGUGUUCCAGCUUUCGCUGUUCGUUGUCUUCCCCCGGACGCCUCCUCUCUUGCCUAAGAGCGUGUUAGCGUAAUCUAUAGACUUACAGGCUAAUGGAUACCCGCUGAGCUGAGAAUUAUGUAAGUUAUCCUAUGUUGUACUAGGUGUUAGGGCUAUACUACGCCCGUGUUGGCUAGGUUGCCUAGCGGCUAUGAUGCACUUCGCACAUAGCAUACAUACUAUACCUACUACUAGCGUGCGUAUCAUUAUUUAGUACCAGAAAAAAUCUCAGGCACGUUUAAUUUGUGAAAUAUUGUACCUUAGUGAGCAUUGCCAAUAUAAUAGCAAGCUUGAAAUGAAAAUGCAUUUAUAUUAAUGUGUCAAAAAACAAAUGUUAUAAAGGAAAAUAUGUGACUAACUCCUAAACGAUUAGAUCCUAUUUGAGUUCAUUGGCGUAAAUAAAACGAUUGGAAGGUAAAAGAUACAAAAGCAAAGGAAAAUACUUAAUUACGAGUAUGGGUAUUUUUAUUGUCAAUUUGUAAAGAUCUCUGAUUCUGAUCAAGCAGGUAUAAUUUGUUGUAGGAUUUGCGCAGUUACACUGGUUACUAGAGUCAGACGAAGAUAUGUCUGCAACGAUUUUGAUAGUACACGCAGUGCAAGUGUUAUUUUAAACGUCAAACUUGAUAUGAAAUUAUGACGUAUAAAUAACACUUGUACUGCGUAUACUAUCAAAAUCGUUGCCGACUUUUAUUGGUCUAACUUUAACAUAUAUUUUAUAGUUAUCAGCAGACAUCGUUAAAUUCUAUAGCAUUUUUGGUGCAGCGGAGUGGUGUUAACGGAAUUGGUAUAGAUAAUUCCAACUGAAAUGGUAAAGUAAGGUUAAUAUUAACGUAACUAACGCUAAUUAAUCAUUAGGGUUGAAAUUGUUUAUACCAAUUCCGUUAACACCACUCCGCUGCACCGAAAAUGCUAUAAAAUUUACGAUGUCUGGUUAUCAGUUAAUUUUUUUAUGUCCAUGACCUAACAUAAAGUAUUGUUUAAUUGUAUGUUAAAAAGUUUUGGUAUGAUCUGAUUGAGUGAUCUCAUGAUGUAUUCCAGUUAAUAGAGCGAACUUUGGAUGGACUUGUUUUGUUUUCUGCUUAGGUAGGUAUAUUUAAUUUUUCGUAACUGCAUAAAUUCUGAAUCUAAUAUUGAAAUAUGACUAAAAUUUAUAUUAACCGUUCAUAGAAUAGGAUUCUAAUGUGUAAUAUAAUAAAAAAGUCAAUUAUACAGAGAGACUAAUUUAUAAAUAGGUAACUAUGUAUUUUUUGUUGUUUGAUAAUUUAACGAAACAGAGAGUGCUAGUUUAAUUGAUAAGUAUACCAAUUGUAUUUCUUCUUAAACAUUAACGGAAAUUGUCGCAUUUUGUUCGUAAAUCAAAAACGAAAAGCCUUUUGCCAGGCCUCGGCAAGCCUCAGCCAGGCAUCUACGUACGUCGCGUCGUCAGAAAAUGCCUUUCUUGCCAUGUUUUCAUGCCUCGGCAACAAUGUGGCUAUAAAUUAAUUAGAAUUACCUCAAAGUUGAACAUUUUCAGGGAGGCGGAAAUGAGCAGAGACGAGAGGAGAAGUGGGAGAGUCAACCACACGUCUUCUUUCAUCUCUGCUAAUUUCCGCUGAGGCGGAAAGACAGCCUAAGUGUCAAUCUAAAACUCUAAAAUGUUUUAUUUUAUGAUCAACUUUCAAUAUAGGUGUUAUCAACCAAUCAAAAAAUUUGAAGUGAGAUACACAUACCUACAUAAAUACGGUUAUAUAGCAUAAAUUCUAAAAUCAAAUUUCCUAAGUACUUACGAAAUUCCUAAAACAGAACAUCGAAAAUCAAAAUGUCUAAUGUACGAAAUUCCUAAAGAUGCAUGUCCUAAUACACUUUUAAUCGAACGAUCUUUCGAAAUCAAUAUUUCUUUGUACAAAAUGCCUAAGGACAAUACUUUGAAAGUCAAUAUGUCUAGUGCUCAAAAUAGCUAAGUUCAAAAAGCCUAAUGACAAUAUAUUGAAAAUCAAUAUUUCUGAGAACAUUUCCUCCUUACCCUGAGAUGACGCGGGGCUCCUAUUUCUGGGCGGGUUGCCCUUCGGGCAUCUGAAGCUACCUAACGAACCUAACCUACCUGCCUAUUGAUUUAGUUUAGUGUGACGUCCGUGAAUACAGUACACUUUGGGGGAAAAAGCGUAGGUAGGUAGGUAGGUUAGGUUCGUUAGGUAGCUUCAGAUGCCCGAAGGGCAAACCGCCCAGAAAUGGGAGCCCCGCGUCAACUCUGGGUAAGUAGGAAAUGUCAGGGCUCCGUCUAGUUAAGUUGUAAGGGAAAUAUUUUUUGAAAAGAAAGUUUCGUACGUUAGACUCUUUAAGCUAAGGUCAGCUAAACGUAGGACAAUAGAAAUUUCGCAAUUUAACCAGUCGGUAACCAGUUGUAAACAAAGACAAUUAUUUCCUUUUCGUCAACUGGUUGCGAAACUCCACUGUCAUCUACGCUAGUUUUGGUUCAGGAAUAGAAUUUCUUUUUUAGCAACUAGUUGCGUAACAGGAUGAUUUAUUCUUUUUUAACAACUGGUUGCGAAACUUGGUUGCCAAAACGGCCGGAGGGAGCUAAACGUAGGACAAAUGUCGUUAGAAAUUUCGCAAUUUAUACAUUUUAAACUUAGGGCAACUGGACAUAGGAAAAAAGAUUGUUAGUAUUUUCGUGCACUAGCAUUAUUGUACUUUAGACAUUUAAAAAAUAGGUUAAUUAACCGUAGGACAUGCGUCAUUAGGAAUUUCGUACAUUAGACAUUUUGAUUUUCGAGGUUCUGUCUUUAGGAAUUUCGUACUUAGGAUAUUUGAUUUUAGAAAUUAUGCUACAUAACCAUAAAUACAUACCAUACAUUAAAUUUGUGGUAGUACCUAUGUCCAUAUAUGGCAUAUUAUAUUACGGUAUUCUAUAGACUAAUUGUAAAUUAUUAACUUAUCAGGUAUUGAGAAGUACCUACCUAAUAAAUACCUAUAUAUGUACAAAGUAAAUUAUUUUAGUAGAAUAUUCUGUGGUGUUUACUUUGGUGCUAUACAAUAUUUUCAGUGUAUUGGUGGUGUAUUGUUACACUUUUAAAUGUAAUGUUGACUUCUUUUUGAACGUUUGUCGCCAUAUGAAAAAUAUAUAAUUGAUAAAACAUUAAAUAUUUUUCGACUUUACGAUUUAGCACUGUCUACACUUAUAUUUUUUAUCUGAAUGUAACUAAAAGUUUUAUAACUACCCUAAUGUAAAUUCCAAAAGGAAUCUAAAUAUGCUCUUUUUAAUAUUACUACCCAUUCGCCGUGUUUACCAUUUUACUCUUUAUUAAGUACGGCUACCACCAGUUUUGACAUUGACAUAUUCGCUCACGUCUACGUAACUUACUUUCUAUCCAUCUCGCUCGUACAUGCAUAUUAGUGCAAGCGAGAUGUACAGAAAGUAAAUUACGUAGACGUAAGCGUUAUGUCAACGUCAACUGGUGGUAGCCGUAAAGUUCACUGUAACUGUACAGUCAGCAUCAGAAGUUGCUAAGCAGGUGAGGUGUUCAAAAUUACCGUGACACGCUCUUAUUUUCUUAACAAUAAAGUCGCGUCAAGAUCAUUUUGAACACCUCGCCCGUUUAGCAACUUCUGCUGCUGACUGUACGAUAGGUACUUAAGUAAUUUUAAUCAUCGAUCAAUAGUUGGGCUGUUAGGGAUUAGUUUCAUAAAAUUCCGUCAGUCUUUUGUCAAUGUCAUGUUAGUUCAAAUAAAGUCCGUCGCGCGUCGCUGGCGAGUGGCGACGCCCAUGAGGUUUGAUGCGAGUAUCGGGGAUACAUGCAGUCUAACGGAUCCUUGUAAUACUAAACCCCCUUAUUCAUAAACGCGCUAUCUGAAUUAGCUAAUAAUCGUGUCCUUAUCUGUCAUCUCAUUUUGACUUCGGUAUGUAUUAGUAAGAAAGGGAUAAAACAUAAUUUAACUAAAUCAGUCCCGUAAAGCUUUAUGAAUAAGGGGGUAAAAGCCUAUAAUAACAAUAGACAAUUAUUAUAGAACAGCCAAACUGUAUAAUUUAUCUCAUUU